AUGGAUCUUAAAAAUGUGUUCCUCAAUGGAACCCUAUAUGAAGAAGCCUAUAUGAAACCACCACCUGGUACUACUCUGCCAGCUCAGAAAGUAUGUCUUCUUCCUCAUGCUCUCUACGGGGAUAACCCUCAAACCAUAUCUGAUUUGCAAUGUUACCUGAGUAAGCACUUUGAGAAGAAGGAUCUAGGCACCCUAAACUAUUUUCUUGGUCUUGAGAUCUUAUCCUCGUCUAAUGACUACUACUUAUCUCAAGCAAAAUAUGCAUCUGACCUCCUUAGUCGAUCUAGUAUUACUGACUCUAUCACAUCCUCAACACCUCUGGAUCCAAAUGUGCGACUCACUCCUUUUGAUGGUGUUCUUCUUGACGAUUCCACUUUGUAUCGGAAACUUGUUGACAGCCUGAUUUACUUAACUGUGACCCGCCUAAAUAUUACAUAUGUAGUUCACAUUGUUAGUCAAUUCAUGGUUGCUCCUCGUACUAUUCACUUCACUGUUUUCCUUCAUAUUGCAUUAUAUUAA